AUGGCUGAAUCAAACAUUACAUUGGAGCAGAGUGUUAUUGAUGAAUAUAAAAUCAGUGACGGUACGUUCAGAAGAUGGAAAAGAGAAAGAGAAAAAAUUGAAGAAAUGUGUAGUAAAGAAAAUACUAAAAAUCGCAAAAAACGUCGAUUACUAUCAAUUGAAGAUUUAGAUGAAGCUGUUUAUUUGUGGUUUUGCGGCUGUGAGUUAUUUAAAGCUAGUGACGGCUGGCUUAACAAAUGGAAGUUACGAUUGAAGAUUCGAUCGAUUAGAAUUGCUGGUGAAAAAUUGUCUGCUGAUGUAAAUGCAGCAGAAAAUGAUAAAAAAACUCUCGCACAAAAAAUAAAGAUCAGACAGUUGACUAAGCCUCAGAUUUUUAAUUUUGAUGAAACUCCGUUGGUGUUUAAAUCUCUACCAGUAAAAACAUUUGUUUCUCAUGAAGAAGAUCACACUACAGGUUUUAAAAUCAACAAAGAACGCUACACUGUUGGAGCAUGCUGCAAUGCAGAUGGUUCAUUAAAAUUACCUUUACUUGUAAUUGACAAAUCAGCUAAGCCACGUGCAAUACAAAAUUUGUCACCUAAUAAUUUUGGUGUUUAUUAUAAAGCUCAGAAAAAUGCUUGGAUGGACUCGGAAAUUUUUAAAGAUUGGUUUGAGAAGGAGUUUGUUGAAAGCUCUGCCUAUUGUAGAUAA